ACCAGAACCAAACCCAAUGGGUCGAAAAGAACCUGCGUCCUACUGAAGCCGAGCUUCAACAUCUGCUGGUUCCUUCAGGUCCGGCGUCAAAAAGAACCUUUGUGCGUGUGAGGCUCUUAUUGUGGAGGGCCUGACCCGGAAGCAGCUAGCAGCGGAGCCGCAGAGCAGCGGCCGUCCUCCGGAUUCCUCCCCCGCUCCCAGAGCCUCUCUCUCGGCGGUGACAGACGGCUCCUGCCGGUGGCUCCAGGCGGUUCCGGCCGGGAUCUGCGACCCAGUGGGAUGUUAGUGAGUCCGGGCUUCGCACACGGAGCGGCUCGGGGCUUUUCCGGACACAUCCGAGACCAGGAGCAUCUCCACCUCCGCCGCGGUUCUUCACCGCCGUCCCCAUCCUCAUCUUCGGCUGCAGAGGUGUGAAGCGUCAUGACGGGAGCCGAGGCCGAGGACGACAUUCCUCUGGGAGAGCGGAAAACCGUCACCGACUUCUGCUACCUGCUGGACAAGUCCAAGCAGCUGUUCAAUGGGCUCAGGUACGUCCAGCGUCCCGAACCACCAGCCCCCACACACAGGGGACACAAUGGCCUAGUUAAAGUCCAGACCUCGGCCUCCAGGGAGCUGAGCAGAAACGUCAAUGAGCCGCAGCGGAAAGUGGAUCGGAUCCAGCCGGAUCCAGCCGCAUCCAGUCGGAUCCAGCUGCAUCCAGUCGGAUCCAGUCGGAUCCAGCCGCAUCCAGCUGCAUCCAGCCGCAUCCAGCCAGAUCCAGUCGGAUCCAGCCGCAUCCAGUCGGAUCCAGCCGGAUCCAGUCGGAUCCAGUCUCUCCCUCAGGUCACGGGUUGCUUGUUUGUCGACAGGCAGGUUCUGGAUUCCAGGUACGGCUUGAAGAGAUGGCAGAUCGGAGAGGUUGCCUCCAAGAUCGGACAGCUCUACUACCACUACUACCUCCGGACCUCAGAGACCAGCUACCUGAACGAAGCCUUCUCCUUCUACUCGGCCAUCCGCCAGCGCUCCUACUACUACCAGGUCAACAAGGAGGACAGGCCUGAGCUGGUGGUGAAGAAGCUCCGCUACUACGCUCGCUACAUCGUCGUGUGUUUACUGCUCAACAAGAUGGACCUAGUCAAAGUUCUGGUGAAGGAGCUGUCGGAGGAGAUCGAAGACUACACCCAGCGCUUCAACACGGAGGACCAGCUGGAGUGGAACCUGGUCCUGCAGGAAGUGGCAGCUUUCAUCGAGGCCGACCCGGCCGUGGUUCUGAACGACAACAACUCGGUGCUGGUGACCAGCAACCGGCUGCAGGACGGCAGCGUCCCCCCGCUGGAGCAGGGCAUGGUGGUCGGCCAGCUGGUCCUCGCCGACGCGCUGAUCGUUGGCAACUGCAACAACCAGGUGAAGUUCAGCGAGUUGACCGUCGACAUGUUCCGGAUGCUGCAGGCUCUGGAGAGGGAGCCAGUCAACCUGGCAACGCAGACGUCCAAACAGGCAACGCUGGUGGGUUUCUGGUGUUUGCAGACAAAACGUCCGUUUAUUCCAACUCGGAAGGUGAGAACGGGUGACCUCUGCUGGUUCUGUUUGGGUCCGUUUACCCCAGCAGGUCCGUACGACUUCGGCGGCGUUCUGACCAACACCAACAGGGACGUGGUGAACGGGGAGACGGUCCAGAAGAGGAACCAGGCCCAGAAAGAGAUGCACUGCCUUCAUCCUGGAGAUCUGUUUCCUUUCACCCGGAAGCCGCUCUUCGUCAUCGUGGAUUCCUCCAACAGCACCGCCUAUAAGAACUUCUCCAACCUGUUCGGCCAGCCGCUGGUGUGUCUGCUCUCCCCGACCGUUUACCCAAAGAGCGUCCAGGAUCAGUCUCAGCGCGGCAGCCUCUUCACGCUCUUCCUGUACUCUCCUCUGCUGGGAUUCUCCUCCGUCUGCGGCCUGAGCAGCGUGCGGCGCGGCCUGUGGGAGCGCGCGCAGGACUUCCUGCGGAAGGUGUUCCGGGACAUCGGCCAGAUGCUGACCCGAUCCCGGAGCAUCGAUCAGGCCUUCCUGCAGUUCUUUGGGGACGAGUUCCUGCGGCUGCUGCUGAUCCGGUUCGUGUUCUGCUCGGCGGCGCUGAGGCUACAUAAGCUGUUCCGGGAAUCCCGGAGCUUCCCGGAGUCGUACCCGGAGCUGCCGAAGCAGGACACGGUGGAGAGCGGCCUGCUGCAGAAGCAGGUGCUGGAGCUGGCCGCCAUGUUGGACGUUCAGAGCUUAUUCUGGGACGAUUCGCUGGAGAGCUACUAGCGCCUCCACACCGGACUCAACCAGAACCAGAACCAGAACCCGCUCUGUUCCUUCCUUUGUAGUCUGAAGGUAACCUUUUGUUCGCCCCGUCCGUCAUCCAGAUGUUUCCCCCGGAAGCAGGAGCGACGCUCCCGUUGGUCACCCAGGAAGAGUCGUCACCCCACGACCCCGAGUCGUCACCCCACGACCCCGAGUCGCCACAGACGACCCC